AUGAACACGCCCCCAGGAACCACCGCCGCCGCCGUCGCGGUGGUCGAUGCCAAACCGGCUCCCCUGAAACGGAGCUCCUCCUCAUGGUGGUCGCCGGAAGAGGAUGAGGAGCUCCGUCGUCUCGUCGAGGUGCAUGGCGCCCACCAUUGGUCGACGAUCGCCUCUCAGCUGCCAGGCCGGAUUGGCAAGCAGUGCCGCGAGCGGUGGGCCAAUCACCUCUGCCCCGGCGUCAGAAAGGCCGAAUGGACCGAAGAGGAGGAUCGGCUGAUCUUCGAGGGCGUCUCAGAGCUGGGGCACAAGUGGAGCGAGAUUGCGAAACGAGUCCCAGGCCGUACCGACAACGCCAUCAAGAACCGAUUCAACUCG